AUGCCAGCAUUGAUCACAGAAGCCCAUGAUUCAACACGGCUUGCCCUAUCGAGUCACAACCCAGGCGCGAUCGAGGAUUUUGGCCUCAUUGGUCAUAAAGUCGCAGCACUCGCUGAUUUGGCUCAGAAUUAUACGAACAGUGCAAUCGAUUCCUCUGAACUUAAUCGACUUAUCACAGAGCAUUUCCCUUGGUGGAAUGAUUCCACUUUGCGAUACUUUCCUUGGAUGCGAUGGCCAUUCAAGGUUAUGAAAGAUCCGUCUACCUACCUCAAAAUGUUGCGACACAAAGUGGGCAUUGUGAUCCCUGCAGGUGAUGGUAAUGCCAGAGAAACUGCUCAUCUGAUCACAACCCUCAGGAAUGUGCACAAGUGCAAGCUGCCGAUUGAUAUCGCAUACGUUGGGGAUGGUGACAUGAGCCCGUCCAUACGAGCCUUCUUAUCAAGGCUCGGGACGAAUGUCAACUUCAUCGACCUCACACAAGUCUUCGAUAACACUCUCAUACAACUCAAAGGAUAUUCAUCCAAACCUUUUGCUAUUCUUGCCUCGCGUUACCCUCGGACCAUCCUACUCGACUCAGAUGCAGUCUUCUUCGCUAAUCCUGAUGAUAUUUUUAGCAUGUACCAGAGCUUGAAAGAGACAGGUCUGUUAUUUUUUCACGAUCGUACCGUGGAGAACGGCAAUACGCCAGUACGUCAGGAAUGGGUCGGUGCUCAAUUGAAACUAGCAGGCCGCCUGCCUUCAGCUCACCUCGCAAACAAUUCUCUUUUCUUCAGACAUCAUAUUGAUGAAGAAGCCGAUGCAGCCCUAGUCGCGGUGGACAAAUCAAAGCCUGACACUUAUAUGGCCAUGGUGUUUGCAUGUUGGAUGAAUACAAAGCAUGUUCGAGAAACUGUGACCUAUCAGAGAUUAUUUGGCGAUAAAGAUACCUACUGGCUGGCUGCUGAACUGACGGGUGUUCCAUAUGCUUUUGAGCCAUGGUCAUCAGCCAGAUUAGCACAAGAGCCCUUAAUUGACAAGGGCUUUCCGCUGGUCGCUCCAGUUGAGAACAAUCUUGCUAGGGGACCGGCAGCACAAGUGCUAGAGGGAGCCUCGAAGCCAGUCUCCCAGGCCAGUCCUACAAUAGCAGCAGAAGUGCUUUCCGAUGAGAAAGAAGCGAAGUCUAUAAAACUUCUGGCGACAGACACCUCGUCUUCAUACGACAAGAAUCAGACGACCUCACGGGUUGAAGCUCCGCAUUCCACCAAUGAGCUAAACUUCCCGCGCAGUAGCCACAAUCGAGAGUUCCACGACUCGCCAAAGCCAAUUACCCCAAAUCGACGCUGUACAACACAUAUGGUCCACCCACACCCAGAUGGUAGUGAGCCUCUGUGGGCUAAUGGUGGCCUAUGGCUAGACAAGCGUGAUCGGGGCUUGGGACUUGCGAAUUGGACACAUUGGUAUGUUGGUUCUCGAAACGAUGAAGCUCUGAAGACCUUCUGUGAGACAUCAUUACCAACUGACAGCCCGAAUUCGAAGUCAUGGCUUACGAGCGAGGAUGGAGAACAGUGGCACAACGAAGUGAUGAAUACCCAACCGCGGUGGUACAGCAAUGACUGGGGAAUGGAUGCUGAAGGGUGUCCUCAAUUUGAGGAAUGGAGGUGGCAAUCUCUAAACCAAGGUUUCAGGGACAGACUUGAGAGGAUGAUCGAGGAGGUGAGGAAGGUGGAGGCCGCUUGGGUGCUUGAGUUGGGCUAG